AUGGAACCCUCAAAUCCUGGCGAGUUGUCUCGCCUCUCUGCUGAGAUUGCAAGAGUAGUCGCGGAUGCAGUCAAGGAAGCGCUGGCUCCUCAAACCCCGCCACGUCAGCCGCCACUGGAGGAGGAAAAAUCAGUGAAUAUGUCGCGCAUAAUCGAUUCGCUGUCUGCUCGUCUCGCGCUUUUCAAAUACGACCCGGAGGAAGAGGCGACCUUCGAGAAUUGGUUUGUGCGAUACGAGAAGCUCCUUGACGAGGAAGGAGAACUUCUGGAAGACAAAGCUAAGGCCCGACUCGUGCUCUCAAAGUUGGAUGGCCGGGAAUACUCGCUCUUUGCGAAUCGACUGCUGCCGAUGCACCCGGACAAUUUGACGUUCUCCGAGCUGAUCUCUAAGUUGAAGGAGACGUUCAAGUCAACUUCGUCGGAGUUCCGCCGCCGAUAUGAUUUCCUGCAGACGUCGUUCACUGGAGGAGCUCUCGAAGAGUACACGGGCACCAUUCUCCGACGCUUCACCACAUCAAGGUGGAAGGAAAUGACCGACGAUCAAGUAUGCUGUCUCAUUUGGAUCGCCGGACUACGAGACGAAUCGUUCGCCGACAUUCGAACGAAAGCGCUGCAACUCCUGGAAAGUAAGACAGAAAUUACGCUUCUGGAGUUGGAAACGAAGAUCAAACGACUUCUGGAGAUUCGUGACGAUUCGCAGCGAGUGGGCACGUCGAAAGUAAAGCCGGAAAUCAACGCCAUCAAGGCAAAGAAGGCAAGUACACCGCAGAAGUCGCCACCGUCCCCAUGUCCAAAAUGUGGUGGAAAUCAUUGGUCCCGUGACUGCAAAAUCGAGAAAGUCACGUGCAACGUCUGCGGAAAGGACGGCCACACAGCUAAGUUUUGCUACAAAAACAAGAAUCAUUCAAAGAAGUCGACGAAAAAGUUCCAGAAGAAGAAGAUCAGCGUCGUGGCUGUCGUGCAAACUGUGCCACCGAAGCGAAGAAUCUACCUCAAUAUUCCGAUCAAUGGCACCGAUGUCCGAAUGCAGCUGGACACCGGAUCGGAUGUCACCGUAAUCAAUACGCGUGACUGGAGGAGGAUUGGAACGCCGCCGCUCGUCAAAUCGUCUGAAAAGCUCAUGUCCGCUUGCGGAAACGAGAUCAAGACGAAAGGAGUUUUCCGAUGCAAGUGCCAACUGCACGGAAAGGAGUAUGAGGGCGCCGCCCACGUCGCCGACACAUCUACACUGCUCGGCAUGGACUGGAUGGCCCUCGACUCGUCUCUCCUGCACUCGCUCGUCGAUUCGCCGGACACCUGCGUCAACAGUGUCCAGGUGACUAACAAGAAGGCGCCGCUCAUCAUGUGCCGCGAGGAACUUCUCAGUCUGCUGAAGAAGAGUCAUCCAAAUGUCUUCAAGAGCGGACUGGGUACGUGCACCAAAACGCGAGCGACGCUGCGGCUGAAACCAGGUGCCAAACCCGUUUUUCGCAAGGCUCGACCGGUUCCAUAUGCUAGACUGCCGGCCGUCACUGGGGAACUCCAACGACUCGUCGCCAAAAGAGUCCUCGCCCCAACAAACCAUUCAGACUGGGCCACGCCCAUCGUUGUUGUGAUGAAAAAGAAUGGCGAACUCCGACUUUGCGCCGAUUUUUCAACCGGACUCAACGAUUGUCUGCAGCAGCACCAACAUCCGUUGCCGACUCUCGAGGACAGUUUUUCAAAACUGAACGGAGGUCGACUUUUCACUCAAAUCGAUUUGGCGGAGGCGUACCUACAAGUGGAAACCGAUCCGGAAGCGUCAGAACUUCUCUGCAUCAAUACGCAUCUUGGACUUUUCGCUAUCAACGUCUGCCAUUCGGAGUGA